AUGAAGAGGAAAUCAAAUUCAUCAUCUUCUUAUUCAUUUGUUCCUAAAAUCUGGAUUCCUAAUCCAGAAGAGAGUAAAUUGCAUAAUGUGAUUAUCUUCAUUAGUUAUAUAGCUGAGGUUUCACAUGAAAUGGUUUUAUAUUUACAAUUGUUGAAAAAUGAUGUUGAAGAAGAGACAAAGAUGAAGAUUGAUGGGUUUGGUUUGUGGAGGCGUGGAGCGUACUCGAAAUUCUCCAUUGAAGCGGCUUCUGAAUUCGGACUUUCCGAGCUUUCUCUCCUCAACUCCUCCAUUGAAGGCUUUGAAGGCUUGAAGCAGUCUCUAAGACUGUCUGACCUUACAACUUACAGGGCCACUAUUGGGAUUGACUUCUUGUCGAAAACCAUGUAUCUUGAAGAUCGAACAGUGCGCUUGCAGCUCAGGGAUACUGCUGCGGAAAGAUUCGGGAGUUUUAUUCCCAGUUACAUCAGAGAUUCUUCAGUUGCUGUUAUCGUCUAUGAUGUUUCUAAUAGGCAAUCCUUUCUCAGCACUACGAAGUGGAUUGAUGAAGUAUGGACAGAACGUGGCAGUGAUGUGAUUAUUGUCCUUGUUGGAAAUAAAACUGAUUUGGUUGCUAAAAGGAUCAAAAGAAAGCAGGAGCCAGAGCCCAUAUAUGUUUCCUGAUCUAGCACAUCCACUGGCCUGUUCUGUCUACUGUGUUGGCGCAUUUGCAAGUUUUACUUCAUAGUUUGAAUUACACCAUCAUUUUGAUUAUAAAAAAACUUUUUAAAAAAAAUUUGUAUGUUAGAAUAUGUACGAGUCAUGAAAUACCUGCACCAUCUCCUUAGGGUCUUACAUCGCAAAGAACUAGUCAGCAUUCAACUGAAAUCUCAAGUGUUUUUUUUUUUUUUUUUAGUUUUUAAAAA